AUGUUAAGUUUUAAUUGGAAUUCAGUGGAUGAAUCGACAUUUCAAGGACAUUUACAUAAAUAUACAAAUGCAUUUAAAGGAUUUCAAAGUCGAUACUUUGUAUUAGAUGUACCAACCAAAACUUUACUUUAUUUUAUGCCAUAUGAAAUCCGAAAGAAAGGUCCAAGAGGUGUUAUUGAAUUAACAGAUUGUUGGAUAUCACCAUCAAAUGAAGAUGAUGUUACUUUUACUGUACAAACAGGAAGUGGCGGCGAUAUAUUUAAAUUUCGAGCUAUGGAUGCAAAAGAAAGACAAAAAUGGAUUGAUAAAUUACGAACAUGCUCAGGAUCAAAUGCAGCUGAUGUUUUUGUUUCAUCAUUCCCAUCACAAAAAUCGAGUUUAAUCAAUACAUCAUCAUCUUCAAAUGAUUCUCAAUCUCGUUCAUCACAUCGACGUGAUUCAAAAAUUUUUCAUCAUCAACAAACAUUAAAAGAAAUGAAAGAAGUCAUACGUUGUCUUGAAGCGAAUCAACAAGAAUUUGUUGAAACAAUUGAUGCCAUACCAGAUACAAAUCGUUUCAAUUCAUUAUCUAAAGAUAUGUUAAUGCUUCGUUCAAUAUCUCGAUCAUGUGUUAAUUCAUUACAAGAUAGUUUAACUAUUCUUACUAAAAGAAGAAUUCCUGAUACUGAAUUACGUUCACCAACUGCAUCAUCAACUCCGUCACCACAACCACCAUUAACUACAAUGCCGAAUCUAUCUGGUAAACAACUAAGUCAAUCAUAUAAUAGUGGUAUGAGUGGACCAUCUAAUGUAACUGUUGGUUUAUCAUCACAAUCGAAUUUAAAUUCAUCAUCUUUAAAUAAAACGUCAAGUCUCAGUGGUCUUAAUCAACAAUCUUCUGUUAAUGAUCCAAUAUUGUCAUUAAAAAAUUUACGAACUGAUACUGCUAUUCAAAAUCGUACAACAAUAUCAUCUUAA